AUGUCAAAAGACUAUGAAAAUCUGGACGAUGUUCAAUUCCUACCAACUCCUCAACAAAAAUCGCAAGUUUCACAAAAUCCACCAACAUCUGUGACGUCACAAGUUUCGCGCCAAAUCCAACCUGAUCAAGAAAGUGAUGAUAAUGAUGAGAAGGGGAAGAAUAAGGCGAGGAAUCGAAGGGUUGGUGAUAUUUACACGUGGCCGAAUUCCCGACAUUUCUCGGUCACCCGAAAAGUUCGGCCACAUCCAGUUUUUUUCGCUGAAAACCUGAAUUUUUGCAGUUUUUCGGGUCCGCUUGCUGCUUCAUCAUCUCCGCCAUUUGCCUACUUCUCGCUGUUUCAGUUGCUCUUGGAGCUGGCACAUUUUUCUUGCUCCAAAGUUUCCAACAACCUGAAGAUGUGCAAAAAUAUGGGCAUUUACAUGAUGAUCACCACAAAAAUGUCUGA